AUGGGCUUCGCGGUCCUCAACGUGGUUAGUGCAGUCUUUGUGCAACAGGCAUUAAAGACCGCAAGUUCCGACGAUGACCUGGCGUUCCGACAAAAGGAACGGGACAUCGCGCAGUACAAUCGGAAGGUGAAGAAACUUUUCUGCUCCAUUGAUGGUUCCGGUGAUGGAGCGAUCACUCUGGAUGAGUUCACCAAGCUGGUGCAGUCUCCCAAGUUGAAGUUCUGGAUGAGUCAGCUCGAGUUGGAAUACCACGAUUUGCUGAGCUUGUUUGCAUUUCUGGACAAUGGAGAUGGGCAAAUCACGUUGAUGGAGUUCAUUGAAGGCGCGCAACGUCUGCGUGGCAGUGCGAAGGCUUUGGAUAUUUGGCGUAUGGAAACGAAAAUCGAGGUGCUCUUCGAAGAGGUUUUGCAAAUCUUGGCCAACUCCAUCCCGCAGGAGAUCGAGGGCCCGGAGAUCAACGUGGCCAGUGUCUUCGAGAAGUCGUCCUUCAAACACAUCCGCGCCACCACCGCACGCCUCGAGACCGUGGAGGACGACGAGAGACAGAUGAUGCCACCGAUGAUGCCGACACUGACAGCGGCCAGCAGGGCAACGGUCGGGUAGGCCUUUCUGAAAACGCAGCGUAACCGCCCCAGGAGGCCUCCAAGGAGGUAAAACAAGGACUUGAGAUAUCCCCGUUCGAAUUUCAACUACAGAAUGGGAGGCCUUGUGCCCCGUUUCAAUGGCAUUUCCAGGCUUAAAUUGAGAUGAAAAAAUGGCGAUUGGCCCGGCAUUUUGUACCCACAGCUUGGGAAUUGCAUUUU